AUGGGUUUUGAAGUGGAUGUUGUCACACUUGAUGCAUAUGCUCAACAUUUGUUGAUUCAACUGAUAGAUGACAAGGAGGAGAGGAGAGGUACUUGUCAGGAAAAAGACCUUGAUUUACACAAAAAGUUUACCGAACUUGCUAGGAAGAGGAAAGUCAAGAAAGAGGUAGAGGAGUUGGCAGAACAGAUGGGUAUAUCCAAGGAGGUUGUACAAAGGGAAAGAGAACAAAAAAUUCUGAAGGAAGAAGACAUGAAGCCCAUUCCUCCACCCAAAUCACAAUCUACAUCAUCAACCGAUGGGGAAAAGAAGAGGAAAAAGGAGAAACCUCAAAGAGUAUAUGUUGCUACUACUGUUGAGGACAUGGAGACGGAGUCUGAUGAAGCAGUAAGAGAGGUGAAAAAGAUAGCCACCUAUGCAAGAGUGAUGAUGAAACCACAAUCUGGUGGAGGACAACCAUCCAAGAAGCCAAGAGUAGAAAGUGAAUCAUCUAAUCAAAGAGUUGAUGUAAAUUCAGAAGGACGGUCUAAUAAGCAAACUUGGGUUGAAAAUGUUGAUGGAGCAAAUGAUACCUCUGGUGAUGUUGUACAUGAUCCUCCUGUUAUAGGAGUUGUCUCAAAAAAACUAGUUGAGGAGAUAUUGGAUGUGGAAAAGGAUAAGGGUGAUGGUGAGAAAGAUGGAAAAGGUAAGAGUGCAGAAGUUGUAGAUAAGGAGAAAGGAGAGGAGAAAGAAGAUCGGGCUCUAACAACAGUGGCAAGAGACAUUGGUGUUGUUAAAGGGAAACAAGAAAACAAGAGAUUGUCUGCUUCUCUAGGGAAAGGAAAGAGAAAGUUGGAGGAAGGCGAACCCAGCAAGGAAGAGUUGAUUCAGAGCAAAAAGAGCAAGAGUGCUUCUGGGAUGAAAACCCAAGAGGACAAGAAUAACACAGAGGAUACCGAAAAAGAUGGCAGUGAAAUGGAAACGGAUGAGUCUGGAGGUGAGGAAAGUUGGAAAGAUGAGGACGUGGGAGCAGAGGAAGAUGAAGCUGAGGAUGUAUCUGACCAAGAUAGUCCAAUUCACAGUGCUAGCUUAGGCAAUGUCAACAACCAGCCUAUGGUGGAGAAGGAUGAUAAGGUUAAUGAGGAAAAAGAUAUGGAUUCUGAGAUGGAGAAGAAUAAGGAACCUGAGAAGGAAACGGCUAAGGAUAGUCUGAGUAAGGAUAAGGAGGGUCCUGGAGAAGGAUUAUUCCUAGAUAACCUCAAAAACCUUACCGAGGCUAGAUUGGGUUUUGACAGGUGGACAUAUGAGUUUUUGAAGAAUUUGGAAAAAAAUGGGAAGCAGAUGGAUAACCUAGAGGAAAUAUCUAAGGUCCUUGAAAGCUCCAGCUCUCCCAAACUGGUAAUGGACCUCGACAUUGAUGAAGAUGCUAUCGAGACUGGGAUCAGGGAAUCUACUCUUGGUGGAGUGGCAAAGAGAACUAGGGUUUGGCUAGUUGUAGCUGGUUUUUUGGGGCUUUUUCGUUGGUUUUUUCUAGUUGCUAUGCUGGUUUUUUCUAGUUGCUAUGAUAGUUUUUCUUAUGAUUGGAGGAGUUAG